UUGAAUCGACAGAUACAAUUGAUCAAGUUAAGGCCAAAAUUCAAGACAAAGAAGGUAUCCCUCCGGAUCAGCAACGUUUGAUCUUUGCCGGAAAACAAUUGGAAGACGGUCGUACCUUGGGAGAUUAUAAUAUUCAGAAGGAGUCGACUCUCCAUCUCGUACUUCGACUUCGUGGUGGAAUGCAAAUUUUCGUUAAAACUCUCACCGGUAAAACCAUUACUCUCGAAGUUGAAUCAACAGACACAAUUGAUCAGGUUAAGGCCAAAAUUCAAGACAAAGAAGGUAUCCCUCCGGACCAACAACGUUUGAUCUUUGCUGGAAAACAAUUAGAGGAUGGUCGUACCUUGGGAGAUUAUAAUAUCCAGAAGGAGUCGACUCUCCAUCUCGUUCUUCGACUUCGUGGAGGUAUGCAAAUUUUCGUCAAGACCCUAACUGGAAAAACAAUUACCCUUGAAGUUGAAUCUUCUGAUACAAUUGAUCAAGUUAAGGCUAAAAUUCAAGAUAAGGAAGGUAUCCCUCCCGAUCAACAAAGAUUGAUCUUUGCAGGAAAACAAUUAGAAGAUGGACGUACUUUGGGCGACUAUAAUAUUCAAAAAGAAUCUACACUCCAUCUCGUUCUCCGUCUCCGAGGUGGACAAUAG